CAUAUAAACCUCUGCAAUCUUCAUCCAGCAGAAGCAACCCCCCCGUUUCUCUAUAUUUAGCAUGCAAAAAGAGAUUUUCUUAGACCCAUCAAUGGAUUCAGAGGGAAGAAAAGUGCCAAGAAUGAAGCUAGGAUCACAGGGUUUGGAAGUGUCAGCUCAAGGACUAGGUUGCAUGGGCAUGUCCGCCUUUUAUGGCCCGCCGAAACCUGAAGAUGACAUGAUCAAACUCAUUCACCAUGCCAUUAACUCCGGCAUCACUUUCCUCGAUACUUCUGAUAUAUAUGGACCUCACACCAAUGAAAUCCUUAUCGGCAAGGCUCUGAAAAAAGGGAUGAGAGAAAGAGUUGAGUUAGCAACAAAGUUUGGUAUUAGUUCUGCAGAUGGAAAAAUAGAAAUAAUUGGAGAUCCAUCUUAUGUAAGGGCGGCAUGCGAAGCCAGCUUAAAGAGACUCGAUGUUGACUGCAUUGAUUUGUACUACCAACAUCGGAUUGAUAAGCGUGUGCCUAUUGAAAUCACGAUGGGAGAACUCAAGAAGCUGGUUGAAGAGGGUAAAAUAAAAUAUAUAGGUCUAUCCGAGGCUUCAGCAUCGACGAUUAGAAGAGCACAUGCAGUUCAUCCAAUAACAGCAGUACAAUUAGAAUGGUCUCUGUGGUCAAGAGAUGCAGAGGAAGAAAUAAUCCCUACUUGCAGGGAACUUGGAAUUGGAAUCGUAGGAUACAGUCCCCUGGGAAAAGGUUUUUUGUCAUCUGGUCCGAAGCUGCUCGAGAAUUUGUCGAAUGAGGACUUUCGGAAGCAUAUACCAAGGUUUCAAGCCGAGAAUCUUGAGCAUAACAAGAUCUUGUACGAGAGAAUUUGCAAAAUGGCAGAGAAAAAAGGAUGUACGCCAUCCCAACUAGCCUUGGCCUGGGUACAUCACCAAGGAAAUGAUGUGUGCCCCAUCCCAGGUACCACUAAGAUCGAAAACCUCAACCAGAACAUUAGAGCUCUGUCCAUUAAGUUAACAACAGAAGACAUGGCGGAGCUUGAAUCCAUUGCUUCAGCUGAUGCAGUCAAAGGUGAAAGAGAUGCUUCUGAUGCAAAUCACAAAAACUCGGAUACUAUAUCGUUGUCAACUUGGAAGGCUACGAGAUAAGAUUUUCGCGCACUUUCCACGUUACAAUGUAUUUGAAACAUGCUGUUGUUGGAAAUAGUAAAUUUAUUAAAGUAUAAACAAGUGUCUAGGCUCAUUUGUAUUGUCGAGUCAUCCUAGAAUGUUCAUUAAUCAUUGUUCAUGUAUCUUGAAGUUUAACGGUCGAUACAACAACAACAAUAACCACCUAAUCCCACGGGUGAGGUCUGGGGGAAGUUUAAGGGUUGAUAAUAACCUUAUAUUCAUGAUAGUGUAUGUCCAAACAACAAAGUUUCAUGUUCAGUAAAUGCUUGUUAUAUUUUUUAAACUAAGUCCUUUCAAUACAGAACUUCAUAUAUAAGAAUGUGUGAG